AAGAAACCUACUCCGUGACUUUCUUCCGCCAAACUUCUGGAAGGAAAGACAUUUGCAAUUAGCACAGAGCACGUGCAAUAGAAGAUCUUGAAUGAGAGGCCCGGGUGGGGACUUCCCACAGCUCGUUGGCAAAGUCGCAAAACUGAUAGCUCUGUGUGGAUUGGGCUCGAUGAGCAACCCUGCAAUUUCUAGAGAGAAGAAACUUUGGAAAAAAUUAAUAUGAUUGAAAUUUAGGCCACCGAGGAAAUCAACGGGGAAGGGAACCCAACAAAGGAAAUGACAGUUCCAGACGAUCAAAUCCAAGGAUGGAAAAGGACUCAGUGUUAAGCACAGUGGGAGACCCCCAGUCAGUUGGGGGUGGGGAGGGGAGGGUGUUCGAGCCAAAUCAGGGGAUCGGUGAAUCCAAGCAAACGUGCACCUGGGCAGGUGAGAAGUGCCUGUUCUCUUUUAAAAGCCAAGCCCCGACGCAUCCCUUCCACCAGCCCCGGUGACUUACCAACAUUGGUGACAAAGUAAGAAAGAACCAAUGUCUUUUCUUGAAAAAAUAAAACCCCACAAAAUCAGGCGUCUGAGCCUCCAGAUGGGAGUGUGGGACGAUGCAGUGAGUGAAAACGAAAACCAACCUGCUUUUCCUGGGGCCCAAGAAGCCCCAAGAAGUGCUGCUUUGCUAAAUUCUGAGGUCCGGGAGAAGUCCGGGAGGUGGGCACUGAGCCGGGGGUGCUGGGUCCCGGCCGUGCUGAGCCCGUCCUCCGCCCUGCCGGGAGGUGUCUGUCCCUCCGCGAGGGCCAGGGCGGCAUCCAUGGCUGCCCAGCUCUCUUCUCAGUGUGUGACUGUCCCAUCCCCGCCCAGCUCGGCCCCUUCCCUGCUCCCUGCUGUGGACACUGGCAAAGCACUGGCCUCUUGGAAGCUUAAUUUCUCCAGCUGUGGUACAGGGGUGACAGGACCCCUGCAAGCCUCCCAUGCAGUCUUCCUUGGGCUUACCUAUACAGUUAGACCCCCAAGACUCCCGCAGGCCCCUUGGGCACCGGGAAGCAUGCCAGCAGGAGAUGUGUGUGCCGUCAGCGGGAGCAACCCUGGCAGGAGCGUGCAGGGCCGGCAAGUGAGCUUUCUGGCUCCCAGGAGACGGCUCAGUUGCCAGAUGGAGGCGAUGGCUCAAGGACGGACCGAGAAAAGCUUUGGCUACGUCGUCAGAGUUCCCAGCGAUGAUGGGUUUGAUAUUAUGAAUGUCGACGUGAAGAUUGACACGUCCUGGAUAUUCCGGGAUGUCAAAGAGGGCGAAGAGGGGCAGGGGUGUCUUCUGGAAGAAGCGGCCAGCAGCCAGGACGUGGAUACGGGGACGCUCAGGAAGCAGCUGGAAUCCUCGGAGCAGAAGCUGUUGGCAGCUGUGGACAAGUGCGUGACAUCGGAGUCUGGGCUGAGGCACAGAAUUCAGGAGCUGGAACUGUCGGAGAAAACCCUCCUCCAGAAGGUGGAGCAGCUGCACGCCCGGCUGUUCCAGGAGAGGAGCGUCUCUCUCCAAGCCCAGGAGCAGCUGGAGGCGCUGCAGGGGGAGCUCGCCAGCCGGGUGCAGGAGGAGGAGAGCGUGGCCCGGCGGCAUCGGUGGCGGCUGCGGCGGCUGCGGGAGCGGCUGCGGCGCAAGGACGAGGCGCUGGGGCGACAGGCGGCGGCCCUGGAGCGCUGCCGGCGGACCCAGCGGCGCCAGCUGGGCUUGGCGCGUGAGCAGGAGCGCGCGCUGCGGGCGCAGGUGCAGCGGCUGGAGCGCGAUGUGCGGCGCCUGUGCCGCGCCGCCAGCCUCCUCCUGGCCGAGCUCGACGCCGCAGUCCCGGGCAGCCCCCGGCCGCAAGGCCCGGCCGCAGAGGUCCCGGCGGGUCCCCGGGGCGCCCGCGAGGACACGGCGGAGCUGCGCGCCCUGCAGGCGAGGGCCGAGCGCAGCGGGCGCGGGCGGGAGGAGGCGGCGCGCAGGCUGAGCCAGCAGCGGGCCACGGAGAGCCGUCUGCGCGGGGAGCUGGAGGAGCUGCGCUGCUGCGUCUAUGAGCUGAAGCUGUCGGAGAUCAGCCUGUCGGGCCAGGUGGAGGACCUCGCGGAGCAAAACAGGAGCCUACGAGAAGAGCUGGGAGCCAAGGCCCCCGGGGAGAGGGAGUGCAGGACGGACCCGGCUGGUGGCUGUGCUCUGGGUGCUCUGGACUGUGCUCAGGAUGACUUCCUGCCCCUUCCAAGAGAGGAGGCACCAGCUCCCUGUGGAAGCCACGGCCAGCAGCAAGCCUCCAUCCCACCCAGUGAGGCCCCGGGAGAGAGCAUCUCAGCAGGCCAGCCGUCCGAGGGGUCCUGUACCCAGAGCUGCUUUGGGGCUGGACAAGGCCCCUCUGUCUGGGUGCCAGGCCUGGAGACCACAGGCGAGCUCCUGAGAGCCCUCGCAGGACCUGAGCGAGAACAGCUUUCUCUAGCUGUGCCCAGCUUGGAUGAGCAGAUUCUUCUCCUGGUCUGCGGCUGCCCCCCUGGACAGGACAUGGAUGGGACAGUCCGCCCCAUGGACCUGGCCUACACGUCAGAGCGGAGUCCUGCAGCCACCCCGGCUCUGGAGCCCCUUGCCCUGAUGCAGAUGUCCACACUGUCUCUCUGGGGGCUGGCCUGGGACCCUGCUGUCCUGCCUCUGCAGCCUCUCUGGGAGGUGUCCCCAGAAGAACCCCAAAUCCAAGAGGGGCUUGUCUCCCAAGCCACAGCACAGCCUGGCUGGGACUGUUACCGGACAACGAGCUGCACAGUCUCCCUCCACCAGAAAUUUCCUGAGAAUGGGCCCAGGGGCCUGGAAGAGACUUUGACAGAGGGAGUUAGAGCCCCAGGGUGGAGAGCAGAGAAGCCGGAGGAGAAGAGAAUUGGGGUCAGGAAGGAGGAAAGCCUCGGUGACAAGUGCUGGCUGAGUCUGGAAAGCCGGGAGGACCGGAGCCUGGAGAAUGGUGCGAGGGCCCCAGAGGGCGAGCGGAAUGGGGACGGGGCUUCAGAAACUCGGGCUGCUGCCUUCUGCCCCUGGCCCAGGCAUGAGCUUCCAGCGCCCCUUUUGCAGGAGACCUCAGUGGCCAAGGAGGACCCCGAAGCCCUAAGCAGGAGGAGAAGGCGGGAAGCAUGCAUCUGGGGCCUCACGGGAGCACAUUCAUCAGAGAAGGAGGAGGAGGUCCUCCCAGCCACCUUCCCCAGGGACCGUGGGGCCAAAGGGCCACCACCAACAGACUGUCAGUUCUUCAUAGAGCAAGACAGAGCCGUCAGGAGAAGAGUUAAGGACCAGGAGGCAAAGCAGCACCUGGGGUUGGAAAUGGCUGUGCUUCUGCUAGAAGCAAGCCCCAUGGACCAAGGGCAAGACAGGGAGGAGGAGAAGGUGUGGCACCAAGAAGGGGCCAGCCUGGGUCCCAGGGGUGUCCUGGAGGAGCCUGAUGUCGAGGGAUGUGACAACAAGGAGACGUGGUUCUCAGUGGAAGAGGGGGGCUGGCCACUGUCCCCUGGACUGUCCGUAUCAGCUGAGGGUGGUGAACCUGCCGAUAUGCCAUGGGCUCCGAGCCAAGGAAAUGACGGGUAUGCACCCAGAAUAGAUGACUUUGAAAAGGAGAUGGAGGCUUGUUUCGAGCAGAUAACUAUCCUGAAGCUUGGGAAUGGGGGUCGCGGAUGGAAAAUGCCCCCGCUGGCAGGAGAGAAUUGGAGCUUUGCUCUGAAAUGGCACGGCCAUGAGAAUGCUUAUUCUAAGGAUGUUUUCGCAAACCAUGUUUCGGAUAUUCGUUCUGCCGAGGAGGCAGAGCUCAAGGAUCUUGGAAAGACCGAGGCCCUGGGGCCCAGAGGAGAUGUUCCAGGGAUGGAGCCCCAUUUGGGUGAAGUGAGCCCAGGCUCUCCAGCCAGACCCUCCGAGCUUCCCCAACCACUGGGAGCCCUAGAAAGAGUAAGGAGAAGGUUUAGACAGCUCAUUGCUGAACUGAGAGAAGAGAGAAGCAAAGCUUUACUUGACAAUGCCAAACUUCGGGGAGAUCAAGAGAGAUGCCACAAAAAAGUACGCACUCUGGAAAAAGAGAGAGAGAGAAACGUGAAAAAGAUAUCCACCCUUGAACAGGAGCAGGGCAGGCUGGCCGGGGACGCGACCCACUUAAAGAGGGAGGUGGACCAGUAUUUGCAGCUCAUUUCUGACCUUGAAGACUGCAACGGGAAAAGUUACAGCAAAAUUUCGGAGCUGGAAGAGGAAAACGAAAAACUGAAAGGGAAUCUGGGCCAGAUCCAGAAAGCAAUGUCUGAGAACUUUCGGAAAUCCAAGGGGGUGAUGGAGCGCAUCACGCAGGAAAAUGCAGAGCUCAAGGCGCUGGUUUCAGAGCUGGCCGUCGGUUACAAAGAGCUGAUAAAGGAUAUCGUGUUGGGAAUCGAGGACAUGAUCCGGGGCCUGAGGGGGGAGAAUGGACACCUCUUACGCAGGAUUUGUGUUCUGGAAAGGGAAGUUGCACUGGAGGUGAGCGCAGAUGUGGGGCGUUUGGCGAAAGGACAGAAGCACCUCCAGGAUGAAACUAAGACGACUUUGUUAGCCUCCCUAGACAAGGCGGUGCAGGUGCCUCAACUUUCAGAGCAACUGAGUACAAGAGCCCCAGGGCCGUCUCUGCAGGAGGACUCAGCUCUGGCUGGAGAGCAGACGUGCCCUUCCUUAUGCAAGGAAAAUUCCAGACACCCAGCUGAUUCUAUGACUCCAUCACUGAUCUGGAGAAACGCUGAAGUAUCCAAUGCCCUGCAAGAAAAUGCCAAUGGAGCAGGAGUCAACCAAGUGCAUUUGGGAAAAGAGGAGAAAAGAGCAUGUUGUUCUGCGGAGCAAGGGCAGCCUCUGUGGUCCCCAAGCCAGGACCCCCAGCUUGAAGAACUUCAGAAACGGCAACACGAAGCAAACUUGGCUGUGACGCCUCUGGAGGCCAAGGUGGCUUCCCUGGUCCGGAAGUGUCAGGAGAGGAACCGGCUGAUCACUCACCUGCUGCAGAAGCUGCACACACACGGCGCAGCGGACACCCUGCUAUCCGAGAUGGCGCAGGCCAUGGUGGACGACGCGGCCCUGGCUGAGUACGCGGCCUCCUUCCUGCUCCCAGAAGUGCGAGAGACAAGUCUCCGCCUGGACUUUGAGUCUGAGAAGACAGCUGUUGUAAGAGCUCUGAACUACCUCCCGAAUCCUGAAAGGGACAGUGUCCCCCGAAGCUCGCUGCCUUCCGAGUCCUGGCCUGUUCCCGAGGCUGAGUGGCCGGCACAGAUAGCACCACUGGACUCUCCGAAGGAAAGAAGACAGCACAGAGAGGAAACACAUCAAGCUGGAGAAUAUUUACAUCCUCCCCAACCAGCCGACAGAGCAGGGGCCCCGGUGUGCACAGCCCCCCUGGGAGAGCUGAGCUGUAAGCCAAACGGCCAACUUCCUGCAUCAAGUCGUUCCUGUGGCUUGCUUCUGCUUUGUGUAAUACCAACUGGGAGCCCAAAGAGACGGCUGUGGACCAUAAGGUGCCCCUAAUUUAUGAGCAUGGGGUGUCGGAAGGAACCUGGGGGAAGGGGGCUGGAGCCCCAAGUUCCCGGGUGGCUUGGCUGAGCCGCGUCAUCUGGCACGAAUUACUCACCUCCCCUGGGCUCCAUGUCUUCCUCCAUCCGAGGGUCCUGACGCCCACGUGACAGUUCUGUUGUGACAACGAAAUGAGCUAAUGGAUGGGAAUGCACACUGAAUGCUGUAAGAUGCUUCCGCGUGUCAGAGAUCAUCGUUGCAUUUGUAAAAUGUGAUUCCAUCUCCUCUCAUUCAAUUUACUGGCAGUGUUCAGAGCCCUAUGCCCUCAUCACAUUUACAGGCCUGCAGUUUCUUUCCUAGACGGGUGAUGUGGAGGUGGGACAGGUUAAUGGGUUUUAAUAUCACUGAACUCCUGCAGAGCUUGGGCUGCCUGUGGGCAAAAUUGUACACAUGUGGGCACUUUCCCAGGGGGAGGGGCCACGGAUUCCAUCAGGUUCUCAGAUGAGACUGGGACCUCCAGAUGGUCAAGCCUGAGGGGAAAGGGCUCCACCGGGGAACCCCAGAUGCAGCUGGACUCUGGCUUGCUGGUGGCUUUGAGGCUGUGCCUUGGCCUCUCUGGGCCUUACUUCCUCAUCUGUAAAAUGGGUGCAAUUCUGUGCCUUCCGGACUCCCUCCCAGCUCUGAUAUCUGAUGAGUUUGUAGUCCUUCCAUUGGAGAGGACCAUUCUCCUGCCAGAUGGCAGACGUUUUCUGGGUUCCUACUGAGGGCCAGGCUCUGGCGCUGCGGGAAGGCACUGAGUCUCCCUGCUUCCAGGGUAAAUGGAGAGCUUUUUACACAACGUGUGCCCCCGCACUGCAGCCCUGUUUCAGCUCAGUUUGCCCAGCAGUUAAAAAGAGCUGUGGCCCAGUGGCUAUACUCAAACCAUGGGGGUUGAGAAUCAUGUUACUCUUUCUGAAAACACUUCCCUGUACAGUGUGGGACUCUGAGGCCAUCUUACUCAGGGACAUUUGAAACCUAAGGUCUUCCAACAUAAAUAUCCCCUGGGAAGACAGAGUGACAUCAAGUUGCCACAAGGGGAAACCGCAGUGAGCUGAGUUUUUCUGCCCCUGCUGCUGGGAGUCAGAAGUUGAUGGUCAAAGGUGGCUGUGGAUAGAGCCUGAGCUUGUUGUCCAUGCACCGCGUGGAUGUCUUGGACCGCAGCAGAUCUGUGGGGAUGUGGUCCAUGAGGGGCGAGAGAUGGGCAGACUCAGAGACCCCCAACAAACUUUAGAGAGUCCCCAGUCUGUGGUAGGCACAGGGCAGCCCUUGAGCCAGAGCCAGUCCACAGAUGUGUCUCGUUUGGUCUGCAGAGUAUUUUUUUUAAUACCGAUUAGUGAGUGACAUUUAAAAACGAGGAGACUUCUCAUGAAAAUCUGGAUUCCUGGCUUCUCUUGGAAAAUCAAGGGCCCUGGCCAUGCCAAGCCUCUGUCUUUGUGGCCACAACUGGAGUGGAACGUGGCCAGCCCCUUCCUUGUGCCUGGGCCUCUAUGUGCUCCGUCACCCGCUGGCCUGCCCCAGGCUUUGAGCGUGGCAGCUGGCUGGUCCAACACCCUAAUUUUAUGGGUGAAAAUACAGUCAUCCCGAGAGGACGUGGCCACCCCUGGGUUCUAGUUUCAGCUUGGUCGCUUGCCUGCCCCAGGGACCCGGGCAAGGCCCUUCCCCUUCCUGGCUCUAAGUUCUCUUAUUCUGAGGAAAAUGGGAGUGAUGAUACCUUCUCCAGGAACCUCAAGAAGAGCCUGCACGUGAAUGCCUUUUGUGAACUACAAGACGAAGCUCGAAUAUGAAGGUGUCUGUGGUCACGGUGUGAGCUGAGUCAGGCACCGUAGAAUUUGGGGGUCCGUUUCCUCAUCUGCAGAAUCGGGAAAGGGCUCGUGCCUUCCUCACAGCCAUUCUUAGGAUUAACCGAGGCAGGGAAUGGAGGGCACCUAGCAGAGGGCUUGGCGCUUUGCAUAUGUAACUUUCCAAAAGCAACUUUCAAGGGCUUCAGUCUCCUUUGCAGCAGAGCACAAUCCAGCCAAGUGGGAAGCACCUGGCUCCAGAGCCCUGGGCCAGAUCUCAAAAUCCACCAUUGCCUUUGACCUUCAGGAGUGUGUGUGUGUGUGUGUGUGUGUGUGAGAGAGAGAGAGAGAGAGAGAGAGAGAGAGAGAGACCUGGGCUGGUGAGCCCACAUCUCUGAUGUGCUAAUUCCUCUAUUGUUAAGUGGGAGCAUAUCACUGUCCUCGCCAGUGCGAAGGGAAAUGAGAAAUGUAAGGGGCUGGGCACAGGUAGGUGCUCAACCAAGUUUUGUUCCUUUUCUUCCCUUCCCAAAUGGAAAUCUGCCUCUGAGAUUAAGAGGAUGGCAUGUUUCGCAAAUAUAAACACACACACACACAAAACAAAAAAAUGUAGGGAAGAGAGAAAAUGUGUUUUCAAGUGCCCAGUUCAUACAAGUUCUGGGAAUUUGGUUUCAUUCAUUCAUUCAACCAAUGCACUUAUUGGACAUCACUAAGUGCCAGGCAACUGGGAUUACAAAGGGAACAAAACAGAUCCAAUCCCUGCUCUCCUGGUAUGGAUUUCACAUUAGUCAAUCGGUUAGUCAGUUGAUACACAUUCUUGGAGGGCCUCAUGUGCUGGGCUUGGCAAGUGUCCCUGACUUUCCCUUUAAGGCACAUUUCUGUUGCUGGGUGUGGGUUUCUGCCACAUCUGGGCCCUGCCUGCUUAUAUGCCAGCCCCAGAUGGCCUGCUUGUCCUGGGGUUCCAACCAGCACCCCACCGCUUGGUCCUUCUGCCCACUCAUGCUUCUUCUGUUCCCUCUGACCCCUGGGGUGAGCCGUCCAUUGCCCUGCAUGGGGAGACCCUUCAAAGAGCCAGGUGUGGGAGACCUGGCCUGGCAGGGCACAUGUUCAGCCUCAGCCCCUUUUCCUGUGUGCUUCAAAUCAAACGGGCCCAUGGGUGGAAAAACACUUUGUAAACUCUUGAGUUCUUCAUAAAUGUAAGAGAUUGUGUUUGUUUGAUUGUAAUAUGCUAGGGAGAUGACAGAGGCCACCUGGUAUAGGAGAAAAUGAUUGGGGUUUAAAGCUGGAAGAACUGGGCUGGAGCGUAGAUUCUGCAACUUCUGAGCUGUGAGGCCAUGAGAGAGCCGCUUUCCCUCCUUGGUUCACUCAUCUGGCAGAUGGGGGUAGUAAACUCCCUGCCACAACUCAUGCCGUGAGCAUUAAUGGGUAAAUUGGGGAAAAGCACUUUGCAAACUUAACAGUGUUGUGAAUCUGCUUUAUUCAUAUUAAUAACUCAAUGCAUAAUUAUUAUGCACCUAGUGUGUGCCAUUAUGAACAAGAGGAUUUGCCUUAUGAUGAUUUAGAAAUGGGCUCCAUGCUAAGAAAGCAAAGAAUUGCUUGUCAGAUGGUUGUACUGUGCAUUCAUAGAUUAUGAUUAGCAACAGCCAGUGAGUUGGCAUGGCAACACUUCCCCGUGAACUGCUAGGCAGUAUUCCUAAAAUAGGUACGCUGGAGGUGUGGCAGCAGCCGAGACAGCAGAGGCAGCAUGGUCUGUCUGCUCUGUGGGCCAAGGUAGGCUGCACCCACAACCUGUGGGCUUGGAGGGGCCACACAUGGCCCUUCCCAAGCAGGCCAGCUAUACAACAAUGAAGAUAUUGGACCUGGAAAGAUCCCUUGUUAGAGCUGGAGAGGGUCUCAGCUUUAAUCUAGUAUAAAACGUUGCCUUUUUCCAUGUACUGCUGUGGAAACUUAGGCCCAGAGAGGUUAAGUGACACAUCUGAGGUCACACAGCCACCUGAUUGCAAAUGGAACCUGGACCUGCUUCUGACAUCUUUUAUGGAGAUUUCCUCAACUGUUCAAUGAAGCAAGCUUUCCUGAUUCUGAAUUCUAGACCUGGGCCUGAUGCAAUUCACUUUUAAUGGGUUGCAAUCCAUAUGGUGUCACUUAGCAACACAUAUUAGAUCAAGGAAUUCUUUUUUUUGUGUAGAAUCCAUGCCCAUAUUUCUUCCUGGGGAAACCCCGAAUCCCAAGAUUUCUUUGAAACUUAGCUAUUUCUUGGCUAGAUUUGGGUAACAGGAGUUGAAAUCCACCCCUCCACAGCCUCCUCCUCUCUAAUUUCCCAAUGAUGAAAAUCAAGUGGCAAAGCUGAUGGAAAGUUUAUGAAUGGCUUUGAGAUGGAGUUUAGUUACCCAUCAUUGCAGAGUACAGGAAACCCAAAUUCUUAAAAAGAUGAGGCCCUUUCUAUUGGUUUACUCCACAAUUCAUUGUGCAAACUUGGUCAACCUGAGGGGAGCCUUUCACCUUUGGGCUGGUGACCUUCUGUCAGGUGACUCUCAGAUCCCGUUUGAUCCCAAGGUGAAACUGCCGUGGUGUCUGGAACAUGCAAAGCUUCUUGAAAACUCAGUCGACUUCUGAAAAAAGGGCGCUAGACACUUUUGACAUAUUCUAAAUGCUCAGCUUUUUUUUUUCUCUAUUGAGACAGGGCCACACGUGUGUGAAACGGGCUCCAGGCUGGGAGUCGGGAGGUGAGGGUGACUCUUAUCUCCUCUGCUCCCCCCACUAGGCCAUUUGUGAGAUACAAAGAUUGCGCUCUGUGCUGAAGAUUCUUCAGCCUGGCUGCCUGUUAGACUCACCUGCAGACCUUUAAAAUAGCCGAUACCCAGGCCCCUCCACACGCCACUUAAAUAGGGUGGUCUUGGGCUGGGGGGCAGACAGUGAUCUUUUUGAAAAUCUCCCCCGUGAGCCUAAUGAGCAGACAGAGGGAGAGCCAGCAGACAGUCAUCUCCAUAGUCCCUUUCAAGUCUCCCAUCCACUGUCCUAAUUAAAUUUCAGGAUGCCGCUGUCGAUUCCUUCCGUGAUAGACUCAUACUUAUUUUUUACUCCUCGCUGGGAAAGAAAGGUGCACUCAGAGUUGACAGAAGGAAACUUCUCAUCUUUGGAAUAUUUUGACCAUGAGUCUGCUUCGUAACUUCACCUUUGGAGGGCCAUUUAAGCAGCUACUGGUGCUUAUGAAAAUGAAAUGCAUGACAUGGUAUACCAUUCUCCUCCACUGUGGCAGGGUCUGUUGCCAAGCUCUUGGUGGUUGCUCCCUGCACAAUUACAUUAAAGUUCAGAUAAUUCAACUGGGUGCUGCAAUAAACACACUAAAUGAAAAUCUGGGGUAGAAUUGCUUGCAUCCUAAAAUCUUCCAGAAAUAGGUAUUCUAUGUUCACUCUAAUCUAUAAAUUUAUCAGUUGUAUAGGCACAUAGAAACAGGCCACUGUUAGGCACUUUGUUCUGACAGACAAUUGUGUUCCAACCUGGCUUUGAAACAAAUUCUUUGGAAAUUCUCUGGUGCCUUUAGGAGGUGGAGAAGGAAACCUUGUUUUGUUUUUUGUUUGUUUGUUUGUUUGUUUGUUUUUCAUUUAUUUAGUCCUCUUUCCUGUAUUAUGAGGAUUUCUAGGAAAAGAUAGUUCAUGUCUUGGGUCUUAAAACUGCUUUCAAUAGAAGUCAGUAGACUUAAGAUUGAAGGGAUUGGGUUUUCUUUAUCCCAUUUGAUCUUCCCUAAAGCCUACUCUGAUUUUGGCAAGCAGAGUUCCCAUCUGAAUCUGACUUCUGCAUCCUUGGCAUAAAUGAAACACAUCGAAUCACGGGAAGACUGACAGAAGGAUUGAUACCAAGAAAAGAAGGUUUUCUCCAACACCAUUUUUUUUUGUCUUUGCAAAACAUCAUCAGGCUGUGCCAAAGAAUGAGCUGAAUGAGGGCAGAGAAGGACAAAUUUGUGAGACUGUUAAAAGUGGCUAAACAUUUGAUAUCAACUCCAUACCAAUAUAUUUUCUUUUUUUACGUAAGGUAAUAUAAUAUAAAGUUGGUAAAUGUGACAUUGAAAGUGGCGGGGGUGAAAUGAACUUCUGGGCAGUGAUGUUAUAACUAUUAAAACCUUGGACUUUUCACUGGGACAAGGGCAAGGUCUGCUUCUGACAGAGAAAAGGGAAUGAGUUUGGGAGCCAGACACACCGGGCUCGAACUACGGCUCUGCCACGUGCUAGCAGUGCACGCUUGGAUGGGUGUCUCCACCUCUCUCAGCUCAGUGCCGUCUGUGGAACCAGGUGCCCUAUCACACAGGGAUGGUGUGAGCAUUCAAGAGCUAGCGUGUGUUUUUAAAGCACCCAGCCCAUAUGAGAGCUUUAUGGGUGUUGGGACCCUCCCCCUCACCCCUCUGGAAAUGGGCUCUGCACAGAUGCCUCUCAGUGGGGUGGUGGGGCAGUACCAUCCACCUGAGCUGGGAGGCUAAGAUGACCUCUUCCACAGUUCAAGUUUUCACAGCCAGCCUUGAUGGUAGGGCCAGCAAGGGACUUGGAUGUCACCGGCUCGUUUUGGCAGACCCUCCCUGGUCUCCUCAUUCCUUGCAGGUUGAAUCCUGGGCAGUGCGAGUGUGGUCAGAAACCAUGAGAAAGUUGUGAUGCACAGGCAUUGGUUUUGUGAUUAAGUACUUUCCCACGGGGUCCCAAAUGCACAAAACCCUACACCUUGCAAUUGUGUGGAUCCCGAAGGACUCCUGUUUGUCCCCACUAAUAUACCCAAGGGUCAGAACUGUCCAAGUGCUGUCCCUCCCCUUCCAGUCAGAAGCACUGGUUCACAUGGGAGUGGUCCAGCGACGCGAGGAAACCCCCUUCCUUUAGGAUGCUCCUUGGCAAGCCCCUCCCUUGGGUGCUGGAGCAGUGGCUGCUCCCCAGCCCUGUCUGCGGGGAAAUGCACAGUGGGACCGGUCCUCGGAGAUGCCCAUCAGACUUUCCGACUUCCCGAUUCAUUCUGAGUCUGACUCGACACUCCCUUCUGGGUUUCAAGAUUUGUGUAAAAUAGGCUGGCAUUUUCUCUUGGUACCGAGAUGUAUUUUUCUAUGUUAGUUAGAUGGAUAAUUUGUGUAAUUUUGUACAUUAAAAUGUUUUUUUCACAAUUAAAGGUUUUUUUCCCCUUUUGAA